CCGGCCAUCUCCACCGCCAGCCCGGCCUGUCCAGCUGAUCCAAAACACAAGCUCAGAGCCCGAAUUUCUCCCGCAAAUCUACCCUUUUUUCAGCCCUUUCGCGAUGGAUCUGCGGGCGGUUUUGGCGACAGCAGUGUGCCUGAGUGUGGGCGUGAUUGGUGCGGCGCCGGAAGAGCAGUGCCAUACGUUCGCGGGCGGGGCAGUUUACCCAAAUACAGAAGGCAGGGCUUCGGGGCACAGCCUGCAGUGGACCAAAGCCAUGAUCAGCAGACCGGCCCCAGAGUGGGAAGGCACUGCGGUCAUCGACGGAGAGUUCCGUGAGCUCAAGCUGAAGGAUUACCGGGGGAAAUACCUGGUCUUCUUCUUCUACCCCUUGGACUUUACAUUUGUCUGCCCAACGGAAAUCCUGGCUUUCAAUGACCGCGUUGAGGAGUUCCGCAAGAUGAACACAGAGGUCGUGGCCUGUUCCAUAGACUCGCACUUUACCCAUCUUGCCUGGACUAACACGCCACGCAAGGAUGGUGGCCUGGGAAAGCUCAGGAUCCCACUGCUGUCUGACAUCACCCACAAGAUCUCUCAGGACUACGGUGUCUACCUAGAGGACCAAGGCAUUGCCCUCAGGGGCCUGUUCAUCAUUGAUGACAAGGGAGUACUGAGACAGAUCACCAUGAACGAUCUCCCUGUGGGCCGGUCUGUGGAUGAAACCCUGCGUCUGGUUCAGGCCUUCCAGUUCACAGACCAGCAUGGGGAAGUCUGCCCAGCCGGAUGGAAGCCUGGGGAUGACACGAUCAUCCCCAACCCAGAAGAGAAACUCAAAUACUUCAAGAAAGCCAACCAGUAGGGCCAGUCCAGCUGUUGCAUGGGGUUGCAAAACAAGCCUGCGGUGGAAGGAGGAGCGAAGAGAAGCCUCGAAGAAAUAGGGGGGGGUUGGAAGAUGGGAGCAAGAUAAGGAGAGAACAAAUCAGAGGGAGAAGUUGAAAGCAUUGUUGAAAGUUCCUCCAGUCCCGUGCGAAAUCGAGUGGAUUUGGUGACGGCGGGGAUGAUCGCUUCUUAAGAGUGUUCUUUAGGCGCAUUUUCGAGGAUGUACAAAACCCGGUGAUGGGAAUAUUGGAGUAUGUAUGUCAUGUGAGGAAAUUUGAUGCUAAAGUGAUCUGUUGUUGUUUGUUUGUUUUUGUUUUUGAUAAAUUUGUUGAUGUAUCUGGGUUGAUGAUGUUUUUUUGCAUACGUGUAUUUGAAUUUUUGGAUAAAAGAAUAAAGCUUUAUUUUUUCAUGAAUAUUUUGGUGUGUUCAAAAGCAAGAUAGUUCUGUUUAUUACAUUCCUAGUGCAAUUAAAUCUGUAAAACUCUAUAAGGAAGCCAAACCUUAUGAAUCCAUAUUGGUUUUUGUUAAACAUUCCAAUCCUAAAAAAUAUAUAAUGUUAUGCCAAUCCUACAGAAAUAAAAAUUAUACGCAUUUUGCCAUUUCAGUUUCAUUGUAAUGUGUAUAACUUUAUUUUUUUCCAUUACUAUACUGCAUCAUAAUCACCAAAGUUCAUAACCCUUUUGAUGAAUGUACACAAGUAAAACUGAAUUGAUGAAUAACUAAUCUUUGUUCAGGAAUUGUGAAAUUUAACCACAAUCUCUGUUGUAACUGGUGAUUCACAAUUCCACACAGCACCCCACAACAGGUAGUUCACACGUGUCUGUUGUAGAUGUUACUCAUCGUCGGCCAUGCACUGACGAGGCUAAAGAGCUUAUGUGAAGUGAUUUGUCAAUAAUUGAUUAAAGCAGUGAUAACAGA